UUUCGACGCCAACAGAGAUUACGCUGACUGGGGCGGUUGUCGCUCUGAAAGCAUCGUUGGUAGUUUAUUAUCAAAACCAACGGGCUCGAAAGUGGAUGCUACGCUUGGGAUUAUUACAAAGAAGCUAUUUCUUGCAUAGAAGACGCCAAUUGGUCAAGACUUUCCAACACGGAGCAGAAACAAAACGAAGAGCACAACGUAAACAAACAUGCCUCAACAGGAGCAGGGCUCACAACAAACAUUCCUCGGCUUUGACUUGAGCACGCAAAAGCUUAAAGCCAUUCUAUUGGGCUCGGAUCUAAGUGUGGUUGCCUCGGCAGAAGUAAAGUUCGACAGUGAUUUGCCCGAGUUCCGUACCACAGGAGGCGCCAAUGCAGGUCCCAAUAAAUUCGAGUUCUUUGUGCAGCCCGUCAUGUGGGUCAAGGCGAUGGACAUCGUCUUGGAUCGCUUGGUAAUGCAGGAAGUUGAUUUGGGCACAGUGGUUGCCAUCUCUGGCUCUGCACAACAACACGGUUCUGUUUACUGGUCAAAACACGGCAUUGCGGCUCUACAAAAUCUCGAUUCCAAUAAGUUUCUGCAUGCACAAGUUGAUGAUUCGGCUUUUGUGGUGAAUCGCACUCCCAUCUGGAUGGAUGCAUCCACAUCGAAGCAGUGUUUGGAAAUGGAAACGGCCAUUGGCGGCAUGUCCAAAAUGGUUGAGCUGACAGGUUCGAAAUGCUAUGAACGCUUCACGGGACCACAAAUACGAAAGAUCUAUCAACAACGCACGCAUGCUUAUGAGGAUGCCAAACGAAUCUCUUUGGUUAGCAGUUUUUUAGCUUCGCUAUUUCUGGGCAAAGUGGCGCCAAUUGAUUAUGCCGAUGGAUCGGGCAUGAAUCUGUUGGAUAUACGCAAAAAGACCUGGUCUAAGGCUUGCCUCAAUGCCUGUGCUCCUGACCUAGAGGAACGCCUGUGCGAACCAGUCAGUGGCUUCACAAUUCUUGGCAAGGUGUCCGACUAUUUUGUACAACGUUUUUGCUUCUCUGAAAAUUGUCAAGUUGUCGCCUGCACUGGAGAUAAUCCAUCGGCGCUGGCCGGCAUGAUUGUCGAUCAGAAUUGGCUCAGUGUCUCUCUCGGCACCAGCGACACACUAAUGAUGAGUCUGAUAGAGCCACCAAAUUUGGAGCAGGGCCAUGUGCUGUGUCAUCCAACCGAAAUACAGCAAUACAUGGGUCUGUUAUGUUUUAGAAAUGGUUCUUUGGUGCGCGAAGCGAUGAACAAAUCGGAGACUAACGGCAAUUGGGAGAAGUUCAAUGAGUUGCUGGAGUCGACACCUCGUGGCAAUUUUGGCAACAUGGCUAUUCACUUUGAUGAAAUGGAAAUCAUACCGAAGGCAAAAGGAACGCUGCGCUGGAACAAAGAUAUUGACAUCAAUUCCGCAGAUGCCAAAAAGGGUGUACUCAAAUUCAGCUCGCCUCAAAUCGAAAUACGUGCGCUAAUUGAGGGACAGAUGCUGCAUCAUCGCGCCAUUGCCGAGGAUAUGGGCUUUCUUUUUGGCAGCGAAUCCAAAAUUCUUGCCACAGGCGGUGCGUCGGUCAACAAAUCUAUACUGCAAGUCAUUGCUGACGUCUUCAAUGCACCCGUUUAUCAACAGACUGAGAGUGAGGCUGCACUCGUGGGAGCUGCUUAUCGCGCAGCGUAUGCCUGCUAUAUUAGUGCUAAUGACACGAAAGAUAUUAAAAGCUAUCGCGACUAUAUUCUAAGUCUUACGCCAAACCUCCUAAAACUUGUCUGCGAACCAAACAAGGACAGUGAGUCCAUAUAUGUGCCUAUGCUGCAGCGAUAUCGGGACAUGGCUUCAAUCUUAGAGAGCCAAUAAUAUCGUAACAACCCUCCGUAAUAUUUAAACGAAAAUUUCGCAUUCCACACUACUACUAACUAGUAUCGACUAUCAUGCGAUUCCAGACACCACAAAACACAUACAUUCCACACUCAUAUAUUUUUAUACACUGAUUAUUAAUGUAUAACUCUGAAAGUGCAAUUAACAAACAAAAAAAUUAUGCUGUGAUUGACAAUUU